GCCCCCCAGCCACUGCAGCGUGAGGAGACCAUCAUCAUCGCCAUGGUAACAGUCGCUGCUGCAGCCAUGCUCAUUAUAGCACUGUUCUUUGGAUACCGCAUGCUGACAGGUAACUAUAAGCAAGGUCUUAAUGAUCCAGACAUGAUGGAGGCAGCGACCACUGAAUCCACUGUAGACCUGGACAACCUGAAACUACUCGAGUUGAUUGGACGUGGUCGUUAUGGCUCUGUGUAUAAAGGGAGUCUUAAUGAGCGGGCGGUAGCCGUUAAGCUGUUCAACUACGCCAACCGUCAGAACUACGUCAACGAGCGCUCCAUCUACCGUCUGCCGUUACUCCCCGAACACGACAACAUCGCCCGUUUCCUGGCUGCAGACGAGAGGAUGACCACCAACGGACAGAUGGAGUACCUGAUAGUGAUGGACUACUACGCACAC